CUCGCGUGCAACUCAAUUGGGGCAUGCCUGAUCUUGGCAAAGGGAGCUUCUUCGGCUCAGUAUCUCCGCAUUUCUGGACAGAACUGAAGUGAUAUGGAGCAAACAGAACCACCCAAGUCUCGUUCGAAAGGGGAGAUGGAAUUGGACAGAAUCAGCAACUUACCAAAUGAUGUUAUAGAUAAAAUUCUGUCAUGUUUGACACUAAAGGAGGCAGUGAGGACAAGUGUUUUAUCGAGCAUGUGGAAAGACAAAUGGGCUAUGCUUUCGGGUCUCGUAUUUGAUGGAAAGUGUUUCUCGACGGAUAAUUGUGAAACCUUUGUUAACAUUGUCUAUCAUGUACUCUUAAGUCACAUUGGCCCCAUAGAGAAGUUUGUGCUUUCUAACACACAUCGUAUACCUUCUAGAGAUAUUGAUAGAUGGAUUCUUCAUCUAUCAAGAAACUGUAUUAAAGUUUUCGAACUUCAUUGGGCUAGAUACAAGAUGCCAUUAUGUUUCUAUUCUUAUCAAGAUAUGAUUGAGCUGAAGUUAUCUUGGUGCUUGCUGAAACCUCCAAGGACAUUCAACGGUUUCAGAACUUUGAAGAGAGUUUCUUUUAAGUUUGUUACCUUGGCCCGGGAUGUGUUGGAGAAUCUGAUUCUUUCCUCUCCUCUGCUGGAGAGUUUGGAAAUUAUUAAAUGUGCUGCCUGUACCCAUCUCAAGAUUGAUGCACCAAAUCUUCGAUUCCUUUAUUUCUCUGGUUACUUGAAAGGUAUUAGUCUCCAGAAUACCUUAAAUCUUGCUGUUGUUCACUUUAAUUUGUCGAACAGGUAUUACAGACAAGAUCGUGUCAGUUCUUCCAAUUUGGCAGACUUUUUCAUGGACCUGCCUCAUAUUCAGAGGCUCACAAUUGAUGGUUUUUCUGUACAGUUUUUGGAUGUUGGUGACUUGCCUGGAAGACUCCUCAAACCAUGUCUAGAUCUAAAUUUUCUCUCUCUCCUUGUGUACUUUCAUGAUCCUGCGCAGAUUUUAACUACUCUAUAUCUUCUGAGAAGCUCCCCUGCUCUGGAAGUACUACAUGUUGAGGCACAUGGUGAUGAUGAAUUCAGUGAAGAUGAAUUCGGUGCUGAUGAAGAAGACUCUUGGUUGGAUGACCUAGAUGACGACAGAAAUUGCUCAUUCCCCAAACUGCGACUUGUUCAAAUAACUCACUUUUCUGGUUGCACAGCUGAACUAGAUUUCAUCAAAUUGUUGCUUCUAAAGUCACCUGUGCUUGAGACGAUAACUAUUCAGGCUGUUUCUGCCUAUGGUUCCUCAGAAGUUUUUAAGAAGUUGCUCCAGUUAAGGCGUACCUCAAGUGCAGAGAUUAUAUACUUAGAUCCCUGAUUCAUCAAUCAGUCUCAGCAGCAACCAGUAACAGGACUUGGUUGGAGAUAAUGUGUUAUUGUAUGGUCUUUAAUCUAUGUUUUUCUGAAGUGAACAUUGUAGGAUAUGGGAAGAUUGUUAUUCCAACUUUCUUACUGUCUGAACAAAAUGCCCCCAGUCCAGCAGCAAAGGUAGUCUGGAAUUUUGAGAGUCAGCUGAUGAAUGAGUCUCGCAGUUUUGGUGACAGUAGGUUUGUGGAUACAU